AUGACUGUAGAUCCAGAAGUGGCCUCGCAGAGCCAUUCUGUAGACGCCCGUUCAAACGAGUCGAAAAACUCCAUCGACACCGACUCAGACACCGAAGAGUUCAUGGAACCAACGGGCCCAGAAUACAGCAACAAGCGCAUUAUUCUCCAGCGGUUCACCAUCUACAACUCCAAUGGCACCAUGUACAUCGUAGGAAGCAAUGCCAAGCAGAGUCUUUUCCGGAUCAUCGAGAUAACGACAGAUCCUCUGGAUCCAGAAAGCCUCACGAUAAUCGAAGAUAAGAGCUAUUUUUACACAAGGAAGGACUUGGUGGAGCUUAUUCAGGGGCUCAAUGAGUCGACCGAAGGUGGAAUCCACAAGAUUGCGCAGGCAUAUGGCCUCAUAGGCUUCAUUCGCUUCACCAAAGGAUAUUACCUCUCAGUAGUCACUAAAUGUAGCCAGGUCGCCGUGCUUGGGGGUCAUUACAUGUAUCAUAUAGACGACACAAAGCUCAUUCCGUUGCAGUUUGACUAUAAGCGGGCGGAGAAAUAUAGCGACGAGGAGAAGCUACUAUCGAUCUUCAAGUACUUGGACUUGGGGAAGACGUUUUAUUUUAGUUACACCUACGAUAUCACUAACUCGAUGCAGACCAAUUUCUUGCACAACAAGAAGGCUGCGCACGAGUUCUCGAAGCUGAAUCCGACGGCCGAGUUUGCCAUCUCCACCUCGGUGGAGUGUAAUGAGCGCUUUGUAUGGAACAACCUAUUGCUAAAACCGGUCAUGUCGCAAACCGAGAUGUCCACGUUCGACUGGUUUCGUCCGAUAAUACAUGGCUUCAUUGACCAGGCCAACAUCAGCAUUUACGGCCGCAAGAUAUACAUUACCAUCAUCGCCCGAAGGUCCCACCAUUUCGCGGGCGCCCGGUUUCUCAAGAGAGGAGUCAAUAAUAGUGGGAAUGUUGCGAACGAAAUCGAAACGGAGCAGAUUGUCAGCGAUGUCCUUACCUCUUCGUUCCAUGACUCCAAGAACGGGUUCUAUGCCAACCCUAGAUACACCAGUUUCAUCCAACACCGGGGCUCUAUUCCUCUUUAUUGGUCGCAGGAUCUCAAUCGCUUGCCGAAACCUCCGAUUGAGGUAACUCUUUCAGAUCCGUACUACCAGAGUUCGGCGCAACACUUCAAUAAUUUGUUCAAGCGCUACGGCCAGCCCAUAGUGGUGAUCAAUUUGAUCAAGACAAAGGAACGGACGCCGAGAGAGCUGAAGCUCAACCAACAUUUUGAGAGCUGCAUCAAGUACUUGAAUCAGUUCUUGCCUCUAGAGAAACGACUCCAGUAUCAUUCCUUCGACAUGUCCAAGCAUUCGAAAAAGAAUUUGGACGUUAUCACCCCUUUGCAAACAAUCGCUAAAAACGCAAUCUCUCAAAUAGGAGUGUUUCACAAUGGCAUUACUUUGGAGUCUACGAAAAUCCAGCAGGGAAUCGUUCGGACAAAUUGCAUUGACUGUCUCGACAGAACAAAUGCCGCCCAGUUCAUCAUUGGUAAAGAAGCUUUGGGCCAUCAAUUGAAGAGCCUUGGCUUUUUGACACAUUCAACGGACUUGGAUUACGACUCUGACAUUAUCAAUAUACUUACGGAGAUGUUCCACGAUCACGGUGACACCAUUGCAGUCCAAUACGGAGGAUCCAAUCUUGUGAAUACAAUGGACUCGUAUAGAAGAAUCAAUCAGUGGUCGUCACACACGAGAGAUAUUUUGAACAGUAUCAAACGUAUCUACUCCAACUCGUUCAUGGAUCUGAUCCGGCAGGACGCAAUCAAUCUAUUUCUCGGAAACUAUGUGUAUGAUCCCAACAAGCUCAAAUUGUGGGAGAUGCAAAACGAUUUUUAUUUGCAUAACAUAUAUGAGAGCCCGAAUUUGUCGAUCAAACCGAGUUACAAGAACUGGUUCAACUCAAAGUACCUUGAGGAUAAGCUGGAACUGUUGAAAUCGGGGCUGCUGGACUCAAAGAUGAGUGAGCCUUUCACAGAGUAUACUGAUAAUUGGUUCAACGAGUGCUAUGGCCAAAGGAAGUUUCAGUCUUUUCCGGAGAUGUUCCAGUACAACAUGAACUCAAACGUGCGGUAUUUCCCAUCAAACUCCAACAUCACGGCGAAGAAUUUUGAUUAUAGUCCUUUCCACACACGCAAACCGUUCUAUAAACCCAAAGUGUUCAACCACGCCCGAGUUCUGCUUCUCGAUAGUACCAAAAAAGACCAGUUUGGCCAGAUUGAUAGCAAGGCAGAAACUUAUGGCGGUUCUGGGAACGAUCUUGUGACGGCGCAAGAUCAGAAAUCCAACGGUUCAGACAAUACAGAUCUCGGUGACAGUCAAAUAAAGGCGACUCAACAGGCAGAAUAUUGUGAGUAUGUCUUUGAGGUGUCAAAAGCAGAUCAAAAUAUUUAUGCCAAAGAGUUCAAACCUCCACAUAUCCCUAUUGCAAGGCCAUCGAAGACGUACGAGACUAUCACAACCAAGCCAGAGGAUGGCAGGGUCUACGAAAAUGCCACGAAGGCAGUAGAUCAGACGGCGCAGGCGCUGUAUGGAUUGUCUCUCCUUAACGAUAAGGACUUAAAGCUCUACACACAGUAUGUCGAAGACUAUUGUAACGAGAUAAUGCUUGUUGCCAAAGAUAACUAUUUCAUGUAA